UAUCAAAUCUUCUCAACCUCGAUCCCAUAGACAUCAUUUACGUGUUUAUCGUCGUUUUCCUAGGACAACAUAACCUUUCAUACCAACCAUACACUAAUUCCCUCAAUCAACCUUCGAAACUGUAGCUCAUCAUGACAUCUUCAUAUCCUCCCGAGAUUUCGACAAAAGAAUCAGAACAACUUCUCGUAACCAUCAAAGAUUGGUCUAUAGCUCAUGGAUUGGCCGUAAGGCCUCCACCGACAUUUUUGCCUACAGAAGCAGAUCCUCAUGGGGUCUUAGCAACUACUGCUCCAGUCACUCUCUUUCCAAGUCCCUUUCCUCGAAUAUGCUUUGAGCAAGCCAAAUCGGUCCAGAAAGCUUAUAAUCUCUUAUACGCAUCGAUUUCUCAAGAUGAGGCCUUUCUUAAAGAUAUCGUUCAAGAAAUCCUCGAAGUAGAUGACUUCAUUGCCGAACUUUGGCGUGUUCAUGUAAAAGUCAAGAGUGAAGGUUAUGUUCAGAAUCUUUCUUUGGGCCUUUUCCGAUCAGAUUACAUGGUUCACCAGGAAACAUCGGAUGCAACGCCUACGAUUAAGCAGGUCGAGUUCAAUACUAUUGCUUCUUCAUUUGGAGGAUUGUCUUCUCAAAUUUCACAAUUGCAUAAAUAUCUUUCCUUGGGUGAUUAUAAUCUUUUCAAUAAGGAUGCAACUAAAUCGUUAAAUCUCCCUGAGAAUACAAGUACCAGAUCAUUAGCAUUAGGAUUGUUAUCGGCUUUUGAACACUAUAAGGGAGCCACUCCCAACUCUGACUACGAUUGCUGCACAAUCUUCUUGGUUCAAACACCAGAAAGAAAUAUCUUUGAUCAAAGACACCUUGAAUAUGAACUUCAAAAGCACGGUGUCCCAGUAUUUCGACUAGCAUUUUCAGAGGUUCUCGCACACACCACAAUAGCCCAGACCCCAAAGAGAGAGUUGUUAUAUUCACCACCGAGUAAUCCCUCGAAGAAAUUUGAGGUUGCUGUGGUCUAUCUCCGUGCGGGAUAUGGUCCCCAAGAUUACACAACUGAAUCUGCUUGGGAAGGUCGUUUUCAAAUAGAGCGGUCAAAUGCAAUUAAAUGCCCAUCAAUUUUGACUCAAUUGGCUGGAGCCAAGAAAGUUCAACAAGUACUUGCUACACCAAGAACUCCUUCUACACCUUCAAUCCUGGAUCGUUUUAUCAAGACAAAUGAUACAGAUCUCGAGAAACUGGAAGACACAUUUACAAACAUCUUUCCACUCGAUGAAACUCCAGCAGGACUCGAAGCUCGUAAAAUCGCUGUCGAUCCAGAACGCUGUAACGGAUAUGUCCUCAAACCUCAAAGAGAAGGCGGCGGUAAUAACAUCUACCGCUUUGCAAUCCCUCCGUUUCUCAAGUCCCUUCCGGAGUCUCAUUGGAAAUCCUUCAUCCUGAUGGAAAUCAUCACUCCCCCACCUGUCCCACAACAUGAUUUGAGAAACGGUAUUAUUGAAAAGGGUGGUGUAAUCUGUGAACUUGGUAUUUACGGAACAUGUCUAUGGGAUCAAACAACCUCGCAUAUUUUUCAUAACGAGGAAGCAGGAUAUCUUCUCCGAACAAAGGGUGAUAAGAGUGAAGAGGGUGGUGUGGCUGCUGGUUUUGGGUCUAUGGAUAGUGUGGCUCUUGUUUAGUAUCUAUCGCCAAGAUUUAGAAUCGAGAGGAUUGGAUACGGCGACUGAAACACACGGUCCAAUCAGAUCUAUCCAUCCUCAAUAUAGCAAACUUCGGAAGGCGAGGCAAUUACUAGAUACGGUGACCUGAACAACGUUAACCUAGCAUGCCCAGGUGUCCAACGCAUAGCUUCAGCCACAAGUCAUUCAGGAGUUUCUUCGGCAAACUCAUUAAGCAGGCGUCUAAACUAGACCGGAAUCUCAUAUGAUGCGUUAGAAUUAUUCUUCAUUCGAGCACGCUUCUCGCGCUUAAUAGAAGGCUCAUCAACCCAAUUAGUAAUCCAGGGAAACCUUAGUAGCCGCAUUCCCGGUGCAACUUAUGAACUCGCUUACACCACAU